CAUGGUCAUAGUUUUCUUGGAUAACGUUUAUUAACUAUUUCUGUGAAAAGGCCGAGGAGAAGCCCAGUAAUCGGACAACAGCCCAAUUACCACCCUGCGCCGGCGAGUCUUGUUCGCACGCGCCGCCACACGAGCGUCUGAGAAGCACAAUCUUCAAGGUCAGAAUCCUGUAACGCCCCCGGCCCCUAUUGCUUUCAACCAUCAGCUGUCGGCCCACAGUCACCGCGAUGCAAUCCUAGCCGUUCAAAAUGCGCGGUGUAAUCACGCUUCGUCAUCCCGCGUACACUCUCUCCGCCCCCCAAACCCCCCACCCAAACCUCUCCACCACCACUUCAGUGUUUCGACAAGACAAGAUAAGAAGAAACAAAGAGUAAAGCAGCUCGCUGGGAUGGGGGAGAGAAACGCCCAAGGUUAAUUGCAUUCUGGGACAAUGUUGGGCGGUGGAGACGAAGGCUCAAAAGAGGAGGAGAAGCUGUUGGGGCGUAAGGUGUACAGUAGAAGAUCGUUCAAAGGAAUUGAGAACAGUAAUUUGUCGAAGGAGCAGCCGCCGCUCCCAAAUCCUCAAGCUAGGGUUUCUGGUUUUGAUCUGGCUUCGGAUAAUUUCUCUGGACUGGUUGUGAAGGGAGGGUUUCUGCGGCAGGAAGACAAGGUCUGGAUAAGCUUGUCAAUGAAGUCAAAACACGAGGCAUUAGAAUUGAAGAGGAAGUUGGAAGGGGAACGUGAGACUGUGAGGAGCGUGAUGAGGAAGAUUGAGGCAAAUGAGAGACAAAAGAAGGGAUUUGAAAAUCAGGAUGGGGAUGAGAUGCUGCAGCCUCGAUCGGUGAAGCAGUUGAAUGUGUUGGUGAAUGAACACAGCAACAUGGGGAAUGAUAGUGCAGAGAAGGAGAAGAGGACGCCAAAGGCGAACAAGUUGUACCGAAAUUCGGAGUUCUUGCUUGGGAAGGAUAAGAUUCCUGCGUCCGAAAGUAACAAGAAGCUGAAAUCGAAUGGGAAGAAGGGAGUCGGUAGUGUGCCGCGGACUGAUAAAUUUCCAAAUCAAGUAUUGAAAAGUUGUAGUGCACUUUUGGAGAGAUUGAUGAAGCACAAACAUGGUUGGGUUUUUAACAUGCCUGUGGAUGCGGCCGCGCUUGGUUUGCACGACUAUUUUGAGAUCAUAAAAAAGCCUAUGGAUCUCAGUACUGUAAAGGAUAGAUUAACGCGGAAUUGGUACAAGACGCCCAUGGAAUUUGCUGAGGAUGUUAGACUUACAUUCCGAAAUGCCAUGACGUAUAAUCCCAAAGGCCAAGAUGUGUAUGUGAUGGCUGAACAAUUGUCGAAAAUGUUUGAGGACAAAUGGACUCUCAUAGAAGCCGAGUACAUGCGCGAUUUGAAGCUCGAUAUGGACAUUGAUGUGGGUUCUCCAGCGCCUCUUCGGAAGUCUUUGCCACAGUCACGGGCUAAGCCAAAGACUAUUGAUAGAUCUGAAUCAAUGGCUUCAUCAAUUGCGCCGAAGAGAAAGGUUGCAAGUGUUGCUCAAGGUAGGGCGCCUAUCCCGAAGAAGCCAAAGGCAAAAGAACCUAAUAAAAGGGACAUGACUUAUGAAGAAAAGCAGAAACUUAGUAUAAAUCUGCAAAGCUUACCAUCAGAGAAGCUUGAAAGUGUCGUUCAGAUUAUUAAGAAGAGGAAUCCUUUCGUUUCGCAGCAAGAUGAUGAAAUAGAGGUUGACAUUGAUAGUGUUGAUACGGAAACCCUUUGGGAGCUCGAUAGGUUCAUAACUAAUUAUAAGAAGAGUUUGAGUAAGAACAAAAGAAAGGCUGAAAUAGUUAGUGGAUUAACUGCUGGUCCAGAGACCAAGGAAAAGGUUGCAACAGAAACCCCUAAAGAAAGUAGAAAAGAUGUAGAGGGAGUUAUCUCAACCCCGGUUGACGUAGAAAAGCAGGCGCGUGACAAGAAAAAUCAAGGAGCCAGCCAGAGCAUCUCUAGCUCUGAUUCUGGAUCUUCAUCCAGUGAUUCUGACCAUGAAAGUUCCUCUGUUGAUGGAUCUAAUGGUGGACCCUCGCCGAGGAAGUGAAGUUAAGAUCUUGGCGAAUGGAUGCUUCCAACGGAGGAACAAUCUUCAUAUACAGUCAUACACUGUUCGAUGGAUUGAUUGAUCGCUUAACAAAUUGCAAUUCUCAGGUGAAUUUGUAAAUUUCUUUAGUGGGAGAAAACAGAGGAUCGAAUUUGGAAACAAAACUGUAAAAUAUGUGAUGAUUGCACAUGCUAGCUAAUCGUGUGUAUCUCAUAGUUCGGUUGUGUGUACAAUUGAUGACAAGAAAUUGCUUCUUUUUUUUAUUUUCAUUGCAUGUUCUGGACAUACAACUGUAGUGCUUAACCUGCAAUUUCUGUAAAGUUUCUGUGUAAAGUGUACAUUAUUCAGAUUGUGCUUGAAAGAGAAGCAGCCAUUGAAGCUUUCGGUA